UAGAAUGCUAAUUUCUCUCAGAAUACAGUAGAAUGCAAAUGCCUGCUAAAAGAUACUUCGCAGCAAAGGUGAGGAAUAUGAUCCAACUCAAGAAAAGGUGUUUAUGCGGUUGAUGCUGUAAACUCCUGUGAGAUAUAGGCUACCACAAUGUCCAUUAAUAACAUUUUGAAAGGCAUGGGCUACAAGUUCAUCUCCUCACUUGGUGAAGGCAGUUUUUCCCAAGUCAAGCUCGCCACUUCGCAGAAACACCACUGUAACGUGGCCAUCAAAAUCGUGGACCGCGUAAAGGCCCCUGAGGAUUUCGUCCAGAAGUUUCUCCCAAGGGAAAUAGCGGUUUUAAGACGAGUGAACCACGUCCACAUUGUCCAAAUGUAUGAAUUCAUCGAGGUGGCUGGUAGGCGACUCUGUAUUGUGAUGGAAGCUGCUGCCAAAGAUCUCCUUCAGAAGAUACAUGAAGUGAAUUGCAUCCCAGAAGACCAAAGCAAAACCUUGCUCUCUCAGAUGGUCAGUGCCGUCAACUACCUCCACCAGAUGGACAUCGUCCAUCGGGACCUCAAGUGUGAAAAUAUACUGUUGACAGCAGAAGAACAAGUUAAGAUCACAGACUUUGGUUUCGCCCGCUGCAUUCAAGAUUCAUCAGAGCUCAGUCACACCUUCUGCGGUUCUGCAGCCUAUACUCCACCGGAAGUCAUCAUGGGAACGCCUUAUGACCCAAAGAAGUAUGACGUAUGGAGCCUUGGGGUGAUUCUAUACAUCAUGGUGACUGGAAAGAUGCCAUUCGAUGACACCAAUGUGAGACGACUUUACCGCCUUCAGCGGAAGCCUUUGGUUUUCACAGAUGAUGCUGGUUUUGAUGAACCAUGCCGGGUCUUCAUCCGUACUCUGCUCCAGUUCAGUCCUUCCACACGUCCAACCAUUCAACAGGUGGCAGAACAUCCAUGGCUGCAGAUAAGACAAGGCUAAAGAACAAGAGCUAAUAAAACAAUGUGUGCAAAUGCA